ACGGGCCCUGUAGUUAAGAUGGCAGGGCCUGAGAAACAGUCGGGACCCCUAGGCGGGCAACCUACUUGUUUGUUUCGGAGCCCACGCACUGGGCCUGCGCAGUAGGAGCACGGUGCCUGGGAGGCGCGGCGAAAACCGGAAGUGCUUGUAGGCGUCUCUGCAACGGCCGCGGACGCCGCCGAGUGGUCUGUGCCGGUUCGCGGGUCGCUGGCGGGGUUUGUGAGGGGGUGCGCCGGGAGCGGAGAGAUGGAGGGGGAUGCUUCAGACCCAGAGCCUCCAGAUGCUGGGGAGGACAGCAAGUCAGAGAACGGGGAGAAUGCACCCAUCUACUGCAUCUGCCGCAAACCAGACAUCAACUGCUUCAUGAUCGGGUGUGACAACUGCAAUGAGUGGUUUCAUGGGGACUGCAUCCGGAUCACUGAGAAGAUGGCCAAGGCCAUCCGGGAGUGGUACUGUCGGGAGUGCCGAGAGAAAGACCCCAAGCUGGAGAUCCGCUAUCGGCACAAGAAGUCACGGGAGCGAGACAGCAAUGAGCGAGACAGCAGUGAGCCCCGGGAUGAGGGUGGAGGGCGCAAGAGGCCUGCCCCGGAUCCGGACCUGCAGCGCCGGGCAGGGUCAGGGACAGGGGUUGGGGCCCUGCUUGCUCGGGGCUCUGCUUCGCCCCACAAAUCCUCUCCACAGCCCUUGGUGGCCACGCCCAGCCAGCAUCACCAGCAGCAACAGCAGCAACAGCAGCAGCAGAUCAAAAGGUCAGCCCGCAUGUGUGGCGAGUGUGAGGCCUGCCGGCGCACUGAGGACUGUGGCCACUGUGACUUCUGUCGGGACAUGAAAAAGUUUGGGGGCCCCAACAAGAUCCGGCAGAAGUGCCGGCUGCGUCAGUGCCAGCUUCGGGCCCGGGAAUCGUACAAGUACUUCCCUUCCUCGCUCUCGCCGGUGACGCCCUCAGAGUCCCUGCCAAGGCCUCGCCGACCACUGCCCACCCAGCAGCAGCCACAGCCAUCACAGAAGCUGGGGCGCCUCCGCGAGGACGAGGGGGCAGUGGCAUCGUCAGCAGUCAAGGAGCCACCGGAGGCUACAGCUACGCCUGAGCCCCUCUCAGACGAGGACCUCCCACUGGACCCUGACCUGUAUCAGGACUUCUGUGCAGGGGCCUUUGAUGACCAUGGCCUGCCCUGGAUGAGCGACACGGAGGAGUCCCCAUUCCUGGACCCAGCACUGCGCAAGCGCGCAGUGAAAGUGAAGCACGUGAAGCGUAGGGAGAAGAAGUCUGAGAAGAAGAAGGAAGAAAGAUACAAGCGGCAUCGGCAGAAGCAGAAACACAAGGACAAAUGGAAGCACCCAGAGCGCUCCGAUGCCAAGGACCCCGCGUCGCUACCGCAGUGCCUGGGGCCUGGCUGUGUGCGCCCUGCCCAGCCCGGCUCCAAGUAUUGCUCAGACGACUGUGGCAUGAAGCUGGCAGCCAAUCAGCCAGCCAUUCCACAUCCUGAGACCACCCCACUUACUGACCUUGUUGCUUGCCACAUUCCCUGCCUGCGUCCCGUUCCCGGCCUCCCUGCAGCCGCAUCUACGAGAUCCUCCCCCAGCGCAUCCAGCAGUGGCAGCAGAGCCCCUGCAUUGCUGAGGAGCACGGUAAGAAGCUCCUCGAACGCAUUCGCCGGGAGCAGCAGAGCGCCCGCACCCGCCUUCAGGAAAUGGAGCGCCGGUUCCACGAGCUGGAGGCCAUUAUCCUCCGUGCCAAGCAGCAGGCGGUGCGCGAGGACGAGGAGAGCAAUGAGGGUGACAGUGAUGACACAGACCUGCAGAUCUUCUGCGUCUCCUGCGGGCACCCCAUCAACCCACGUGUUGCCUUGCGUCACAUGGAGCGCUGCUAUGCCAAGUACGAGAGCCAGACGUCCUUUGGGUCCAUGUACCCCACACGCAUCGAGGGGGCCACGCGACUCUUCUGCGAUGUUUACAAUCCUCAGAGCAAGACGUACUGUAAGCGGCUCCAGGUGCUGUGCCCCGAGCACUCACGGGACCCCAAAGUGCCAGCUGACGAGGUUUGCGGGUGCCCCCUGGUCCGUGACGUCUUUGAGCUCACGGGUGACUUCUGCCGCCUGCCCAAGCGCCAGUGCAACCGGCAUUACUGCUGGGAGAAGCUGCGGCGGGCCGAGGUGGACCUGGAGCGCGUGCGCGUGUGGUACAAGCUGGACGAGCUGUUUGAGCAGGAGCGCAACGUCCGCACAGCCAUGACAAACCGGGCGGGCUUACUGGCCCUGAUGCUGCACCAGACCAUCCAGCAUGACCCGCUCACAACUGACCUGCGCUCCAGUGCCGACCGCUGAGCCCCAGUGGCCCAGACGUCUUCACGGCCUUCACUCCAGACGGGAGCUGCCCUAGCUCCCUCGUUUGUCUGUUCUGCCAUUCAUGUUUCUCCAAUGGUCCCUGUGUUUCUCCCUGUGGCCGUCCACCAUUUGACUGCCUGUCUGGCCCUCUGUCUCUCCAUUCUCUGUGCCUGGGUGGGACUGUGGAGUCUGCUCACCCUUGCCUCCCCCAACUCUGGUUUUGUUAAUAAAAUUUUGAUGAACCAAAAAA